AUGCGGGAUGGAAACAUAAUUCCCUAUGAUACCGACAUGGACUUGUUUGUUCUUGGGUCGGAUGAGCAGAAAAUUCGUCAGUUGGCCACUGCCCGCAAAAAUAUCACUGUUGGACAGUUGAAUUUGGUUACGCGACCAGGUUCUUACUGUCCGGUUCUUGCUGUCAAUCCUGAGUGGAGGCCGCCAUCUUGUUGUUCGUUUAAUAUCACACGUGCUACCCUCAUCGGAAGAGCAUUGCCCCUGCCUGUUACAUUUUUGGCACCCACGGCGGGACCGCAUUGA